ACGCUCCCAGUUUGACCCCUGACGAGCUGAUGAGAGUCAGCCAAGUGGCUCGUGCGGAGGCGGUCCCUUACACGUUAUUAGUCACUCCCAAAAAUCUUCUCUGGUUUGGGACUGGUUCUAGCUUUGUUGCCCUUAUGGAGGCUAUGUCACGCCCACUAUCUCUUGUUAUUGAUGUAGACUCUUCUCUAGGCUUGCCAAAGUCUGACACAACACGAUUAACCGACACAAAUCGAUACGAAUUAAGUGGGUUUGAGUGA